UCUGAGUAUUAAUAGUAGAUAUAGUCAGUUGUCUUGCUAAGGUAGGUCUGAUGCUUACAUAAUCACACACUGACGCAGGAUAUUUUUUAUCUACAUCAAAAACUCCAUCACCUUCCUAGAAGUGAUUGAAAUUAACGUUUUACCAACUUUAUACAAAUAAUCCCUUUUUUCCCCCAUACUAAUUCCUAUAAAAUAACGGUCACUUCCACGUUUUUGUAAUAACCAUGGCAAGUAACGGAGCGUUGGUAUGGAUUGAUUGCGAGAUGACAGGUCUCGACCCUGAUCAAGAGGAAAUUAUCGAGAUCUUCUGCAUCAUAACCACAGGCACGCUAGACGUCGUGGACGAGAAUGGCUGGGGAACAGUCGUCCAUCAAUCGCAGGAGAGGAUGGACAAGAUGGAUGAGUGGUGCACUCGUACUCAUGCGAAGAGCGGCUUAACAGCAGCAGUAGUGGCAUCUAAAGUGACGCCAGAACAGGCAGCAGAUGAGCUUCUCGCAUAUAUCAAGAAAUACAUACCAGAGCGAGGUGCACUGCUAGCCGGUAACAGUGUUCAUGCUGACCGAGCAUUCCUUCGAAAAGAACCUUAUAAGAAGGUAGUUGACUAUCUACACCAUCGGAUCCUAGACGUUAGCACUCUGAAGGAGGCUGCUCGACGAUGGUGUCCUAGAGAUAUCAUACGGAAUGCGCCAACGAAACAGGGAUUGCACCAGGCCAAAGAAGAUAUCCUGGAAAGUAUCGCUGAAGCCCGAUAUUACAAGGAUGUAAUUUUCAACAGCGCCAAAAUUACCGAGUGAGCGAAACACGGAACAGGAGAAGUUGGAAUUUGUGGGACUAGGGUUUAGCUGUUCGAGCAAAUAACAAUACGUGAAUCGAUUCUCAUAACUCGUUCAAAUAAGAGAAAGCCGUUUAUUGAAGAUGAAAAUUCUUCUUCAACACUGAUGCUAUUCGGAACGCCAUAUACGAAAGUGGCUGACGCGAUAUCGGAUGGGAUGUGAUGCGAUAAAUACGGAAUUGAUACCUAAUUCCUAUCACAGGAAGUCUGUCAAGUGUUGGAUAUUGGCCUUAGGAUCGCGCGUGGCAAAAUGUUUGGCUAAUAAUGGUCGCUUCCUAGCCCUGUCUAGAACGUGGUAAAUGCAAAGUGACCAAGGUGAUUGAUAGAUUAAUUGACGGUUUCUAAUAACGUUGAUAGGGGAGAGCGUUUGUAUGUAUGUGCUGCAUGGUAUGGUAUGGAAAUGAAUAUUCACUGUAUAUCUACUGUAUGUCAAUGAGCAUAUAGGCAUAUCAACAUAGUGCGG